UAGCUUUGCUCUCCUCCCAUCAUCAUGUGACCAGGUGAUCAGUCGGUACAGUCAGAACACAACGGAAACUUGUGACCAAAGCGGGCGGGCAGCUGGAGAAACUCGGCGUACAUAAAAAGCGACAUAAAAAGCUGGACAUUCGGUCUUUUUCUUUCUCUCCUCCACCAUCCACUGAGACGCCAUGGACUGCGGAGUCGCCAAGAUCAUCCUCCUGUUUAUCAGCUUGAUAUUUUGGGCUGCAGGAGCAGGACUGGCCUAUGUCGGUCACUACGUGAUCAAGUCCUUCGGCAGCUUUGACAGUCUGAUUCAAAAUAAGUCAACUCUAAUCCCAGCAGCCAUUAUCAUCGGAAUCAGUGCGGUGAUGUUCUUUGUUGGGAUCGUGGGAUGCUGCUCAACCCUCCGCGAGUCCAAAUGUGGCCUCAGCUUUUUCUUUCUGAUCAUCAUGUUGAUCUUUGCAGCUGAAGUGACUGCUUUGGUGUUUAGCUUCAUCUACCGCAGCAAGAUCAAUGGACAGCUUGAGAGGCCCAUAAGAGACUCUCUUUCAAAGUAUAAUGGGGAGAAGAACUCUGACACCGAAGCAGUGGACAGCAUGCAGACUUUGUUAAAGUGCUGCGGUGUCAAGAAUUACACCGACUGGACCAACACCACCUAUUUUUCUACAAACAAAACGCUGCCUUUGUCCUGCUGUAAGAACUCCUCAUCGCCACAGUGCAAUGGCAAACUGGAAGAAAAGGACCAGUUUAACACUGAGGUGAAUCACACUUGA